AAAUACGCAAAGAUGGCUGAAGAAAGUGACAGGAGUCAAUUGCCACCCGGCUGGGAAUGUAGAUACGAUAUCAGAAGUGGACGUCCAUAUUUUAUAAAUCAUUUUAAUCGAACGACAACAUGGGAAGAUCCAAGAGUAAGAUAUUGGCAGUAUUCUCAGUAUAUACAAUCACAAAAUUCAAUGGCACUGAGUUCUGCUACAACCAUAGCUUCCCAAGAUAUACCUAUGCAGACUGGAGGAAAUGGAGGUGGUGGACAUAUAGGUUAUGCAGGAGCUCACAGAGCUCCGCAAAUCUAUCCAACACCGUCUCCUUAUCUUAAUCCACAACUAGCAUUUUUACCUCCUAGCUUACAGGAACUGAAAACUCCAUUAUCAUUGAAAUCAGUUACUGCAAUAACAAACAGAUUUGGAGACGUGACGUUAGGAUCACCAGUACCAAUAAAGAACAUGGAGACGAGUUUAACGCAGAAUUCGGACACUGAGCUACAGGUUGCAAAAAUCAAUGCCAUGUUUCCAACAGUUUCUGAUACCCACAUUCGACUUCUCUUAAAAAAAUACCAUAACAGAGCAGCUUUGGUUGUCAGCGCUCUUCAAGUGGAAAAGAAUCCCCUUUGCGCUCCAGGACCAUGCACACCUGUGGGAGUGCAUUCAAACUAUGCAAUACCAAGAUGGAGAUUACCGACUCACACUAUACAUGCAGCUCUAACAUUGAGUCCGCCUCGGGGGGCUCGGACAGCCCCUAACUCCCCAAAAAUGAAACUUAGGUACCUGAAAAAUGUAUUUCCUAAAGUGGAAGAGACUAUGUUGCUGGAUAUUUUGGAACAGAGUGAUAAUAAUGUACAAAAAGCAUCAGAAAAGCUAAUUGAUUUAGGGUAUGAAAAACGAAAUCCGACAGCCCCUAAUUCGUUGGCAAAAAAGAGAGAAGAGCAACAAGCAAAGAUUGAACAAGCGGCUCCUACUCCUCCACCACGUAUGAAAAGCUUAGAAGAGAAAAAUAAAAUGAAAGCACGUUUAAUGGAAAAGUAUAAAUCCGUACCAGAAAGAGUAAUAGCACUUGCUAUGGAUAGUGUUGAUUACGACGAGGAAAGAGCCAUACAUAUAUUGGAUAUUAUGGUCACAGAAGAAGCUUCAAGACCCUUAUUUAUGUCUAGCAGUGAAAGUAGUAGAAGUGAUGAAAAGAAGAACAGUCCGCCAGUAACUGAAGCCGUAAAAUUAACUGCAUCACCAAUUAAGAAAGUAGUUAAAGAUCCAGAAACAGAAAAAUCUAAACGAUCUAAAAAUAAAAUAGAAAUUCCAAAAGUCUCUCGAGGAACCAGUACCACAGAAGACAAUGAAUACAAGUCUCCAAAUCUAACAAAACCUAUUGGACCAAAUCCUGAUUUAUCAAAGGGAGCUAAUAAUGAUUUGCUUCUUCCUGACUAUGCACCAUGGUCAGGGCCAGAUCCAAAUUUGUUGACAAGUGGAACAUUUACCAAAUCAAUAGCACAUGGACAUAAUUUGAGUUUGGUUUCUGGGAGUCGUUAUGUUGCCAAAGGUCCUAAUCCAGAAAUGAGGAAGGGCCCGCUGGGAGGAUUAAGUCAAGGUUCUAUUUACUCUCAAAGGAAUGCGAUGAAUACUGAAUGUCGUGGUAAAUGA